ACACUGAUUAGUGGGUGCAUGUUAAUUAGUUCUGUUUAUACCUGCACCAUAAAGGAUCCACGGGUCGUGUUUUUCCGGUAUAUUUUAGACGUAUACCGAGUUAAACUAGAAUGACUCUGUUAACAUCAGCGUGUCUCUGCGUGGCUCUGCUGUUCGUCUGUGUCGUGGAUUUGGCUUCCUCAGAGCAGAAAAUCAUCACAGCUGAGUCUGGACAGAACGUCACUCUGACAUGUCGAGCUCCACAAGGCAAACCCAUCAGAGCUGUGAAGUGGAGCAGAGCUGACCUGGGAGAUAAAUAUGUGCUUUUGUACCGAGAUGAGCUGUUUGAUCAAACAAGCCAGCAUCCAUCUUUUCAGAACCGGGUGGAUCUGCAGGACAGACAGAUGAAGGAUGGAGACGUGUCUUUGAUUCUGAAGGAUGUGACGAUUAAUGAUGCUGGAACAUACGAGUGUCGUGUCAUUGUGGGAGAAUCAGCAUCAUGGGAGAUCGUGGGAACCGUCAAGAUGAGUGUUCUUCCUCCAGGUCACCAGGGAGACACGGAGGAUGGAGGGAUAAAGGAUAUCCCUGUUGGACUUAAAAUCGGUCUGUCAUUUAUUGGUGGGAUUGUUUCAGGUUUUCUUUUGUGUUGUUUUGGGAUCUUUCUUUGCAUUUACUGCAAUAAUGAUGCUGAGAUUCGGAGUCAGGAGCUAUAAGUCUCCUGACGACCAUCACAAGGUUUAAAAAACCCUAAAAUGAAAACACAGUUUAAAAACUGAUGUUUGUUGAAAACGCCUACAGAAACACAUUAAACACAUUAAAUAUUUUUCAAUAACAACGAUGGUUUAAAAACCCUUAAAAAUAUUCAUAUUACGAAGGUAAAAAAAUCAAUGCAUUUAUUAAACAUAUUAAAGCCAGUAGACAAAAAUUCUGAGGAGGAGAGCUGAGAGGCACUGCCUUAUUAAAAAAAGACCUCAUACUUACUAUGUCAUUUGAUCGAGAUUUAACCUACUACUUAAGCUACUGCUUAAUUUAUACGUCUGCUGUAAACUUGUAGAAGCUACGACGUGGCCACUCAAAGUGUUGGGAGGUGUUAUUAAUGCCUGUGAUACUGAAAGUUCACAGUUGCUGUCUGAGUUUAUCUCUUUAUAUUGAUCAAAUUGUGUUUAAGUCAAAAACUGUCACCAGAAGAACACAUAGCCACAUAUGUAUAGGAGGAAAAAGGGCAAUUCCUCACGUCUCAGAACAAGCACCGACAUGUUUUUGUUCUUUUAUUAUUAUUGUACUUGUUUCUUUUCUAAUGUUUAUUGUAUAUAAAUGUAGUGCUGGGAAACAGUGAACACCUCCUGAACUGAGUAACUGGUUGUGCCAGUUAGUUGGCAGCUGUCACGCUGAUCUUUGAAGAACGGAGUUCAGUCACUCAAGCAUCGACGGCUUAUUUCACUACACUUUCCUAACCACGAAGCUUCACCACUGUUCCACGUUUUCUCCAUGUGUGGAUAACGACUCUCAUCGUGCUUCACUGGAGAGUCCCACUUCUUUACAUCACGUUAUAUGAAACAGCUCAACUCAUAAAGUAACCAGCAGGGGGCGAUGAGGAGCUGAUCCAAUGCUUUCCCAUCUCUUUAAAUAGAAGUAGCUUCUUACUCAUGUGUAACAGCUGUUCAUGGCUGAUCGUCAACUGUGUGCUGCUCCAUCCAAAUAUGCUUCAACAGUGUGUUUACAGGAGGUACUGCAUGGGGGACUCAUCAGUUUUAACUAGAUCAUCAACAGCGACUGAAAUGAAGCUCCACAACAUGAAACUGUUCACUGAUGAGACUUCAGUGAACAGCAGAUGAAUCAACUGAAGGCUCAGAUGCAUCUCUCAGGUCCUGUUUCUUCAGGACAUGACUUUCACAGACUGUUCAUCUGCUGCAGAUAGUUGAUUUUGUAGGCCUGAAACUUCUUCGUUCCUCUUUCACUUGUCCAGUUUAAUCAGAUUUUUAAGGACCCACUGCACACUGUACUGAGAUACUCCAAGUUUUAAGAUAUCCCCUAAAGAAUCAGAUUGUCGGUGCAAUUCUAUUAUUCUGUCUGUCAAACUGUCUUAUCUUUGGCAGGUUCCCUAAAUCUAACUAAAGAAAUGGAAGCAAAUGUGUUGUUGGGACAGGUUGCUUGUAAUAAAGUCUCUGAAGUUA